UACACGGCGAGCACAGAAGAACCACUCCUCUGUAUCGAGAGGCAUCAUGCAUCAAAUGAACAUGAGAUCGCUCGGUGUGGUUGUUGUUGUUGUGGUGCUGUGUGUGUGCCCUGGAGCUCUGGGUGUGCAGGUUAAGGUCGGAGACAGGAGCUUCCCCCUGGAGGCAGUGAAGCAGCUGAAGGAGCUGAUGGAUUUAAGCGAAGAUGUUAGCCCUCGCCUCGCCGAGACAAGUGUUGUGGCCGCUUGUGAAAACCCUCUCCUGCCUCAGGUCUUUCAGCCAGUUUGCCAAGGGAGGGGCACAGGCACUGUGUUCUCCAGACUAGUGUACAUCAUCACGUCUUCGGAUCCCUGCGAAAUAUGUGCCAACCCCUCCUGCUUCGGGUGUGCGAACUGAGGCGGCCAUCUGCAGAACAUGCAAACACAUCGGCCGAGAGCCCCUGAGGGCGUCAACACCUUCCACAGCUCUUCAAUGUUUCUUAGAAUAAUUAGGAAAAUUUCACCCGGCAACCAAACCCAAUAGGUCUCAAGGAUCAGUGUUCAUCACACCGGAUUUUAAAAGUUUCAUUAAAAAUGUUAUUAUAUGUUUUGGUAGAUUGGUUUUCUGUAAAGUGUCAAAACAGCUUUUCUGCUGUGUUUGAAUGUUGCGUUCUCAAAUAGAAUUUUUUAUUUAUUAAGUCUGUUGCAGCCUCUUCACAA